AUGUUUACCUACAAAAGCUACGUAGCUUACAACCGGCAACGGGGGUGCUGUGCCUCCAAUGGGAGUUUUGAUGACGCACGGAUCCUGCUUCCACUGGAGAGGAACCUGAUGUUCGACGACGCUGUCGUUGUUUCCCGGCGACGAGACGAAGUGGCGGUGGAGCAGGGUGUCGAGGAUCAUGUGCGCAUGGGCAAAACAAAGGAUCUGCAGCUGUCGCAAUUUGGCCCAGCCUCCUCCGCGACGAACUGGUUGCAGUUUGGCAGCGGUAGUGCUGCACGAAAACCAGGUCAGCAUCGCGAUCGUAACGAUCGCUC